AUGACCACUGUUGUGGAAACUGAGUUGGAGCUCUUUAAGGGCUGCAGAUUCGAGGCUGCCGCCGAAUGCUGCGGAUAUAAACGAGUUGGCCUGCCGCCUGGAGGUCAGAAAAGAUCUUCAUGGUGGACACGAGAGAUACAACUGGCAGUUAAAGAGAAAAAAGCAGAGUUCAAGAAAUUGCUUGGAAACAAGGAGCCUUCUACUCGUCUGCGAUAUGUCGAGGCACGCAAGGCGGCAACGAAAACAGUGGCGAAAGCCAAAGCUGAUUCCUGGGAUAAAUUGAAUGAGGUGCUGGAUUAG